ACGGACAUUUGUAGCUGUAGCCUCUCACUUUGUUUCUCUUAUCCCUUCUUUGUCCCACUCAUUCAGAUGACCUCCGGAUAAGAUUUUCAAAUGUCACAUGAUUCCAGCUCCCAUACUUCCUUACGCCUGCCACUGCCUCUUUCAGCUCAGCACUGCAGGGCACCGGAAUUCAUAUCCUGCAACUGGUUUGGUUUUAUUUUGUCUUGGCAUUGGUUUUUGAGGCAUUCCAGCGAUGAAAUUGUGAAAACAAUAAGAAUCCUAGUAGGGAUUAUUUUUAUUAGGUUGUCGCAUUCGAGCUACUGAUUUUUUCAUGUUUGAGGAACUUCAGUGAGUGAAUGUGAACCUAGAUUGGGAUCCAGUUUCAGGCCAUCCUUGUGAAGUCAGGUCCUACGAAGCAUAGACGGGUUAAGAGGACUGUAUGGAAGAAUCCGCCAAAGAAAGGGCUCAUUCUGGAAACACAGGUGAACAUCAAGGGACAAUCAAGAAGAGAGAUAUUGAUGAUGAUAACAGAUUAUAUCCAGUCACAAAUGCUGCUAAUGCCCAAAAUCAACCCUGUUGCAUUCUCUGUUUUAGCAAACAUGGCUGUCAAACUGUGCGAUCGAGGACGAAACUAAUGAACAUUCUGAUAGAAAGAGGGAAGCCGCAGGAAGCUGAGUCAAUUUUCAAAAGUUUAAUUGAAGGAGGACACAAACCAUCCCUGAUAGCAUACACCACCCUCUUGGCUGCCUUAACCCUCCAGAAGCGCUUUCAUUCCAUAAGAAUGAUCAUCUCUCAGGUGGAAGAAAAUGGAAUGAAGCCUGAUUCAAUAUUCUUUAAUGCCGUGAUAAAUGCUUUUUCUGAGUCUGGGAACAUAGAGGAAGCUGUGGAAAGCUUCUGGAAGAUGAAGGAGAGAGGAUUAAGACCCACUACGAGCACUUUCAAUACACUGAUUAAAGGGUAUGGGAUUGCUGGAAAGCCUGAAGAAUCUCUGAAACUUCUAGAGCUCAUGUCCAUGGAGGAAAAUGUGAAGCCCAAUAUCAAAACAUAUAAUGUACUUGUCAGAGCAUGGUGCAACAAGAACAUUACACAGGCAUGGAGUAUGGUAUAUAAGAUGGUAGCUUCUGGUUUUCAACCUGAUGUUGUUACGUACAACACAAUAGCAACAGCUUAUGCUCGGAGUGGUAAGACAGAUAAGGCUGAAGGAAUGAUUUCACAUAUGCAAAGCAGUAAUGUGCAGCCGAAUGAGCGAACUUGUGGCAUCAUCAUAAGUGGUUACUGUAAGGAAGGCAAAAUAAAGGAUGCCCUGAGGUUUGUGUACAAGAUGAAGAAUCUUGGAGUGCAUCCUAAUCUUGUUGUUUUCAACUCACUUAUCAAAGGUUUUCUUGACAUAACAGAUAGAGAUGGGGUUGAUGAGGUUCUGAAAUUGAUGGGAGAAUUUGGAAUCAAACCAGAUGUGAUAACAUUUAGCACCAUCAUGAAUGCUUGGAGUGCUGCAGGAUUCAUGGACAAAUGUAGAGAAAUUUUUGAUGACAUGGUUAAGGCUGGUAUAGAACCUGAUGCUCAUGCGUACAGCAUUCUUGCUAAAGGUUAUGUAUGUGCACAAGAGCCUGAGAAAGCUGAAGAACUCCUGAAUACAAUGAUUGAAUCAAGUUUCCAUCCCAAUGUUGUGAUCUACACAACUGUCAUCAGUGGAUGGUGCAGUGCUGGCAGAAUGGAAUUUGCAAUGAGGGUCUUUGAUAGAAUGUGCGAGUAUGGAAUCUCUCCCAAUUUGAAGACAUUUGAGACGCUAAUUUGGGGGUAUGCAGAAGCAAAGAAGCCAUGGAAAGCAGAAGAAAUGCUCAAAACAAUGGAAGAAUUUAAGAUUCAACCUGAGAAAUCCACUAUCUUGCUCAUUGCUGAAGCCUGGCACACCAUCGGAUUAACAAAAGAUGCAAAUAGAGUGCUGGGCGCUGGAAAAGCUCUGGAAAUGACUAAUGGAAGAGUGAUGGGUGAUCAGGCACCAGUGGAGAACUUAGAGAAAAUCUAUCAGAAGCAAAGAAUGGCUGCCUCUUAUUCCAAUUUGUUACAUUUACAGAGUGAAAAUGUAAAUGACCAAAAAGGGCCAGGUACUCUUAAAAGAAGGCGGAUAGUGUUGAAGGAUGCUGAUUUUUUGUCAGAGUGCCCGUGGACAGCUACUAAAUCCAUGCAUCUUAUAACUCAAACCUGUAGAUUUGGGGCAAGAUUGCCUAUCAUUUGCCAGAAGCAAGCACAGGGAAAGCUUACCAUGUGUGGUCAACUUGCAAAUUCGUGUACGGUGGUGUUCUUGAAUUGAAGGAAAGAACUGCUGCGUUAUAUUUCACUAAAGAAAAGAUGGGGGUUGGUAUACAGAUGAUGUAGAUAGUCAAAAGGAGUUCAUUUGUUGCGAGAUUUUAAUGCGAGCCCCCCCAUUUCUUAGUGGAUUUUCUGAUUGUGCAAUGUUGACCCACCCAAUAUGUCACACUGCAUUGGUACUGAACAGAAAAUAUGCAGUUAUAAACCUGUGUUAUUAAUCUCUCUGCAGAUUGAACACAGCGGAGCAGGUGGGAAGAUAUUUUCAUAAAUGCUUAGCACUUAAGAGCCCAGAAUUUUUGAUUACUGAUUUGCGCGGGUGCCUGUACAGCUAUAGUGGUUCUAUUUGUAUUAUUUCAUCUUGUAAUGUGUACUACUUAACUAGCUCUCUCUUGGCUGUGUAAUUUGAGCACUAUAAAUUUGGUUUUGAUAA